AUGUCGAAAUAUUGGGGAGAAUUACCCGACACGGACGAUGAAGAAGUCGUCGAGGAUUUUGAUUUUACUACAAUAAAAUUGGAUAAGCCGAAUACUAGUAAUAAUGUUCAAUAUUUUCCUGUGUACCAACCUGUAAUCCAUGCUGAAAGCUUCCUGCCGCCUGACAUUUAUUUCAGUGAAGAUCCACGAAUAACUGCAAACAUCGAUCUCGUGUCUUACAUAGUGAAGCAUGAAGAUCAUUUGAAUGGUUUGGAAAGCAAGGUGAAAGAUUUAAAAGAAAACCAUAUCCCAAAUAACAUAGAAACUGUUUUAUCUAUGUUAUCCUUACCUAUAGUACCACCUCCAGUUCUUAGUGAACAGACAUCUUGUCACAAUUUCAACAGUGAUCAUGAUAAUAUAGCUAAACUUCAAUCGUAUACAGAUAGUGAUUUUUACAAUGGAAGAUUUCCUAACGGUUUGAAAUCACUGAAUGCAAUGCUACUAGCAGCUGAUCAUAAAGAUGAGUUAGUUUUAAAAUCUAUAUCUACAAUUGGCUUACUAGCUGGCUACACAGGUAUUGAGGAAUUGUGUUUGAAUGUAUUAUGUACAGUUUUCGGACAGUUUAUGCGCUUGCUGACCACUCAGCUGAAAGCCUUAUGGGAUAUAAAUAGCUCUGAAAAACCUUUUCCUGAUUUAAUAGGAAAAGUUUUGUAUGAAAUGAACCAAGGAAAAUGCAUUGACGUCGUCAGAAGCUGCAGAACUCAAUUCAUAAAUAAUUCUAGCUACCUAUUAAAAACCUCAAACACAGUCUAUAAUGAUUGUCUGAAGCAGCAAGAACAUUUCAGAAAGAUCAUUCCAGAGUUAAUUACAAAACUGUCAGCUGAUAAUAACCAGCAGCUGCAUCACCACCAUGAUAAUCCUGAUCAAAAUAUUUCAAUGGAAACUUUGACUGAAGAAAACUGUGUGAAUUACAGUGAUCAGGCAAUGAAUAGCUUUUUGAAUCCAAAUCUUGAGAGUCACAACGAAACAAUACCACCUUACAAAAAGUUAAAUUCAGCUGUUUUUAUUUCAAUUUAUAUUCUAUAA